AUGGAAAUUCAUGGGGCUAACGAUGGUUGUGAUUUGUCUUCUUUAAAAGUAGAUAAUUUCGAUCCGAAUGAAUGUAAUGAAGAAUUCACAACACAAAAUAAUGGAAACGCAGGAGAUUUAACAAAAAGAUACAAAUGCCUUCAGUGUCCUUACCUUAGCAAUAGUAGAACUCAAUUUCUUUAUCACAAACAAUUUCACAGACCGCGUGACGCUUCCUUUAAAUGCAUGUAUUGUUCUUAUAAUGUGUCACGUCGACAUUUACUUCAUCAGCAUCUUCGCGUGCAUCACAUGCAGAAAGAAGUUUCAAAAUCUUCUUCAAAAUCACAAAAUCACUCCGAAUUCGAAUCAUCACUUUUGUCAAUGAACGACAUAAACACGAUUAACAUGCCUGAAAUACCUUUGGUUUGGGUAUUGAAAGGAGGAAAUUUUCAAAAAAUGUUUAAAUGCAGAUGGUGUCCUCACGUCAAUAUGAGAAAGAUAAAUAUUCAAGAGCACGAAAAAAUGCAUCAAAAUAAUAAUAAUAAUAAUAAUAAUAAUAAUAAUGAUAGCGAUAAAAAUAUAUCCGAUGGGAACAAUUCGUCGUUAUUAAAACUUCACUGUCUCGAAUGUAAUUAUACUUGUAACAACGCUGGAGUGUUGGCGUCUCACGUUAAAGUACAUCAAGGAUUUUAUGGAGAAAUCCGUAGUUUGGUAGAUCCAACGAGGUCGGAAGCAGAUCAAAUCCGAGAACUUCAAAGUACCCUGAGAAUUAUGGAACCAGAAGUUGUGAUCAAGGAAGAAAAUAAAAAUUCACUCAAAGAACGUAAAGAAUUUAAAAAGGAAAAUAUUUGUAAUGAGUCUCUAUCGUCUCAACCGGAAAAUGCGUAUUGCAAUAGUUCAAAUGUAAAUAAUAUUUCUCUGGAAGAAGUAGACGAAACGAAAAAGAUGUUAAAAUUUUGCAAUAAAUGUCCCGCGAGAUUUUUUUUCAAAAAGGAAUUACAAAUACAUUCGAAAUUUCACGCCAUUCGCUUGCCUUUUAUGUGUUCUUACUGUUCGUAUACAGCCAGGCAACGACCUCAUUUAUUGGCUCAUUUAAAAGUUCACUCAGACGAAUACCAAAGAAGAACGACAACACUUGUCGGUACUUAUUCGGUGUCAAGCAGUCAUCCUCAACCGAAAGUAGCUCUCUUGGCAAAAGAUGAUUCCGAUGAGAAUAAAGGAAUUGUUUGGAUCGUAUUGUCGAGUGUGCCGGCGGGAAAUCCUUCUCGAAUAAAAACUAAAGAAAAUACAAAACCCCUGCCGAAACUUUGUUGCGAUCUUUGUCCCGGAAAAUUUUUCAAAUCCGUUGCUCUUCAAUACCAUAAAACUCUUCACGGGAGUUCUAACCGUCAUAAAUGUAAAUAUUGCGAUUACGCUGUUAAAACAUAUGGAAAUUUAAUGAAGCAUCAAUUCGUACACGAAAAACAUUUAAAAACGGACGAUUCGACUGCAAAAAAAAGGGAAGAUCAAAGGGAAGAAAGAAAAUAUGAAAAUUUAGAAGACAUGAACAAAAAAUCGAUUGAUGCAUCGGGAGGAGAAGCACAUUUGGAAACAUUAUUCAACGGUUCACCCGAAUUCAUAUAUCCGACAUAUAUAAAAAAUGGAAAACUAAAAGAAAAAAAAUACAAAUGUCAUAAAUGUCCUUCGGCAUUCGAAAAAAGGGAUCAAUAUCGUGUGCAUUUAUCACUUCACGGAUCCAAACAAAAAUUCAAAUGCGAAAAAUGUGAUUAUUCCGUCAAGUAUUACACAAAUUACAUUCAGCACAUGAAAAAGCAUGAAAAUCACGACAGAGCACUCAAGGCUAAAAACUCAGAAUCCGAAAAAAAAAUUUACGACGAAGAAACCCUUAUAUUUCUGGAGAAUCGUUUUAAAAUUUUUCAAGGGAAAAUAUUGAAUAAAAUGGGAGAUAAAAAAUAUUAUAAUUGUCCCCAUUGUCCAUACGCGACAAAUCAAAGGCACAUAAUCGAAAGUCACGUGAGAAAACAUUAUUGCGUGUCGAAAAUCAAAUCGGGAUACGGUUGUCAGCACUGCGAUUUUUACACGUCACAAGAACACUGCAUGCGAGAACACAAAAAAUUACAUUUUGGAAAUUCGAUAAAGUUUAAAGCGGAAGCAUACAUAAAAUGCGAAAAAAUGGAAUUGUGGUGUUGCGAAGAAAAUGGGGAUUGGACGAAUCAAAAUUACAGGAAUCCUCCCAACGUUUUGACGAUAGAAAAUAUAUUGUACGUAAAUUUAAAAACGGGAGAAUUCGCGAAAGAAAAUUCAAAAGAAUCAUCAUCAUCAUCGUUAUUAUUAAUGACGGAGAGUUUUAGUGAAAAAAACGGAGACGAUGUAAAAACGGGAUAUGAUAAAGUGGUGAAUGGGAAAAAAAGUCCAUUGGUUCUAUCAUUGAAAACGAACAAUAAUAAAUUAGAUGGAGAAACGACGACGGUUUUAAAUAAUACGGAUAGAAAUGAACAUAACGUUAAAGUGAAAGGAAACAAUUUCAAAACGACGAAAAAGUUAAAAUCGAAAAUAAUGAAGAGAUGGAGAGGGAAAAAUUGGAAAUGUAAAAAAUGUCCUCACGCAUUUGGAAAAAAAGAUCAGUAUUUAAGGCACGCGGCUUUACACGGAUCGAAUCAAAAGCACAAUUGCGACAUUUGCGAUUAUUCCGUUAAAUUUUACACAAAUUACGUUCAACACAUGAGAAUGCACCAAACAAACGAACCGGACAAAAUUAUUUUCGUUAAAAAAAACUGUUCGAACGCGGAUGAAAAAUCACACGAAGAUGUGCACAUCACGCCGCGCCAAAACUAUUCGACACAAACGACAACGCAAAAUUCAAAGGAAAAAACAUCAAUGGAAAAAAACAAUUCAGAAACCGACGUAAACAAAUCAUCGAUUGAUGACGUCAGUGAAACGUCAGUGGUAAAUUGCAGGAAUUAA